AGAGGCGGAGUACACAGGAGCUAAACAGCGAGCAGUUGCGAUCGAAUAGGAGACGGAGAUCGAUCGGGGCGAUCGACCCAUUAUAUUGCCCAUUGCCACUGACUGUUACGUACGUUCUCCCGCGUCGCCAUGGAGACCCGGGACAACCCGAGUACGCCGCUCCCCUACUCCUACUCGCCGUUGCCAGCGGCCGACGCCGCCUCCGCCGAAGUCUCCGGCACCGGACGCGGCCAUGGCCGCAGGCGUGCGCUGUGUGCCGCCGCGCUCGUCCUGUCGGCCGCGCUGCUCCUCGCCGUCGCCGCGCUCGCCGGCGUCCGCCCGAUGCAGGGACGUUCCGGCGCUGCGGUGGCCUCGGAGGAAGCGAGGAGCAGGGGGGCAGAGGCCGGCGUGUCGGAGAAGACGUCGGGCGCCUGGAGCGAGGCCAGGCUGGGCGCGCCGGCCGGCGACGGCGGGAACGCGUUCCCGUGGAGCAAUGCGAUGCUGCAGUGGCAGCGAACGGGGUUCCACUUCCAGCCACAGAAGAACUGGAUGAACGAUCCUAACGGUCCUGUGUACUACAAAGGGUGGUACCACCUGUUCUACCAGUACAACCCGGAGGGCGCGGUGUGGGGCGACAAAAUCGCAUGGGGCCACGCGGUCUCCCGCGACCUCAUGCACUGGCGCCACCUCCCUCUCGCCAUGGUGCCCGACCAGUGGUACGACAUCAACGGCGUCUGGACCGGCUCCGCCACCACCCUCCCCGACGGCCGCCUCGUCAUGCUCUACACCGGCUCCACCAACCAAUCCGUGCAGGUCCAGUGCCUCGCCGUGCCCUCCGACCCCACCGACCCGCUGCUCACCAACUGGACCAAGUAUGAGGGCAACCCGGUCCUGUACCCGCCGCCGGCCAUCGGCCCCAAGGACUUCCGCGACCCCACCACCGCCUGGUUCGACCCCUCCGACAAGACGUGGCGCGUCGUCAUCGGCUCCAAGGACGACCACCACGCCGGCAUCGCCGUCACCUACAAGACCAAGGACUUGGUGCACUACGAGCUCCUGCCGGGCGUGCUCCACCGCGUGCCCGGCACCGGCAUGUGGGAGUGCAUCGACUUCUACCCCGUCGGCACGCGCGGCGACAACGGCAUCGACAUGUCCGAUGCCAUGUCCAAGAACGGCGUCGUCGGGGACGUGGUGCACGUCAUGAAGGCCAGCAUGGACGACGACCGGCACGACUACUACGCGCUCGGCCGGUACGACGCGGCGGCCAACGCGUGGACGCCCAUGGACCCCGACAACGACGUCGGCAUCGGCCUGCGCUACGACUGGGGCAAGUUCUACGCGUCCAAGACCUUCUACGACCCGGCCAAGCGCCGCCGCGUGCUCUGGGGGUGGGUCGGCGAGACCGACUCGGAGCACGCCGACGUCGCCAAGGGAUGGGCAUCGCUGCAGUCGAUCCCCCGCACGGUGCUGUUGGACACCAAGACCGGUAGCAACCUGCUGCAGUGGCCGGUGGAGGAGGUGGAGACGCUGCGGACCAACUCCACCGACCUCAGCGGCAUCACCAUCGACUACGGCUCCGUCUUCCCGCUCAACCUCCACCGUGCCACCCAGCUCGACAUCCUCGCCGAGUUCGAGCUCGACCGCCACGCCGUCAUGGCCCUCAAUGAGGCCGACGUCGGCUACAACUGCAGCACCAGCGGCGGCGCCGCCAGCAGGGGCGCGCUCGGCCCCUUUGGGCUGCUCGUCCUCGCCGACAAGCACCGCAGGGAGCAGACCGCCGUCUACUUCUACGUCGCCAAGGGCCUCGACGGCCGCCUCACCACGCACUUCUGCCAGGACGAGUCCAGGUCCUCCAGCGCCAACGAUAUCGUCAAGAGGGUCGUUGGCAGCGUCCUCCCCGUGCUCGACGGCGAGACCCUCACCGUCAGGGUUCUCGUCGACCACUCCAUCGUCGAGAGCUUCGCGCAGGGCGGGAGGUCCACGGCGACAUCGCGCGUGUACCCGACGGAGGCCAUCUAUGCCAACGCGGGGGUGUACCUCUUCAACAACGCCACCGCCGCCCGCGUCACGGCCAAGACCCUCGUCGUCCACGAGAUGGACUCCUCCUACAACCAAGCCUACAUGGCUGAGCUCUGAACCAUUUUUUGAUCAUAUACAUAGCAUCCGCACUCAAUUCCCUUCUCAAUUUUUGUUUCCUUUUUAUCCCUGCUUUAAUUUUGUGCCUAUCAUUAUCUCUAUCAAUCGCUUCAGGCCUUCCAAUUGUACUAUCUACUGGAAGAUGCCACGAUGCAAGGCCAUAUAGCCUAUAGUUGUACAUGUAUCAAAAACACCCAUGAGUCAAUGUUCUACAUAGAUUUCGCUCC